CCAGACUGUGUCCCCUUCCAUGGAGAGGUGCUGGUGGGAGCAGGGCUGGGGGAAGCUGGAGCUCCUGGGAUGGAGGGGACGUGGGCUGGGAGCAUUGUGCCAGAAGGCCAUGCAGCUGUAACCCAUGGGUGCUGACUCUUGGGAGCAUUGCAGGUGUGAGAUCAGACUGUAUAGCAGUGGACUGGCUUGGGAGAAACCUGUACUGGACAGAUGGGGCAGCAGGGCAGGUGCUGGCCACUCACCUGGGGGCUGCCUGGCGAGGGAUACCAGACUACACUGUGGUGAUGGAUGGAGAUCUGGACCAGCCCCACUCCCUUGUGCUUCAGCCUCUGGCAGGGCUGCUGUACUGGUCAGAAGUGGGGAGCCACCCGCGGCUGAUGAAGGCCAGUAUGGAUGGGAGUCAGCGGCACGUGCUGCUGGCCCAGGGGCUGGGCUGGCCCACAGCACUGGCCCUCGACCUUCCCACCUGGAGGAUCUUCUGGCUGGAUGAGAAGCUGGGUAGUGUCGGUUCUGCACACCUGGAUGGCACCAGUGUGAAGGUCCUGCACCUGAGCUGGGUCCGGAGCCCCUUUGCGGCGGUGGUGUGCGAGGAACAGCUCUACUGGUCAGAGAGGAAGGCAUGGUCUGUGCAGCACGUGGACAAGGCCAGUGGCAAGAACAGGACCGUGCUGCUCAAGCGACACGGGCAGCCCCAUGGCCUGCAGGUGAUGCACCCAGCCCUGCGCCCUAUGGUCCCCAACCCCUGUGCGGCACGUGGCUGCUCCCACCUGUGCCUGCUGAGCGCCGGGCGUGCUGGGCAGUGCCGCUGCCCCACUGGGCUGACACUGGCCACCAAUGAGACCACCUGCCUGCCCCUCCAUGAUUCGGCCUUUGCCCUCCUGGUGUCACCGGCAGCCGUGACACAGGUCUACCUGAAGGACCUGCCCACGACGGCUGGAUCCCAAGGCCUUCCCCCGCACCAGGCCCUGCCCUUGGCCAAGGUGGGCCGCCUGUCAGCCAUCGACUACUCGGUGAAAGACAAAAGCCUGUACUUUGCAGAGGUGGGGGGCGACUCCAUCGGAUUGCUGCGCCUGAAGGACUGGGGCCGGCUGUCCUGGAAGCUGGUGGUGGCUGUGGAGGGCACCGUUACAUCCCUGGCCCUGGACUGGCUUAGUGGGAACCUGUACUGGAUUGGGGGGCAGCCGCCCAGCAUCCAUGUGGCAGCUCCCGGGGGACGGUGGGCCCUGGAGCUGCUCAGCAAGGGGCUGCAGGGUGCCGCCUGGCUGGCGCUGAGCCCUCGUGCCUCCAGCAUGUGCUUUGUCACGGCGGCUGGCAGCCGCAGGCCGGGCGCUGCGGUGGAGUGCGCAGCCAUGGAUGGCACCAACCGCAGAGCCGUCUGGAGGAAAGCCUGGGCUCCCACUAGCCUUGCCUUCGGGGGUAUUGGCACCCGGCUGUACUGGGCGGACUGUGAGAGAGGCACCAUCAGCAGCGUUGAGCUGAAUGGAUCCCACUAUCGUGUGGUGCGGGAAGGGCUGCACGGCCUCUCGCUCUUUGCCAUCGGAGAAGGCUUCCUGCUCUGGAGCACGACCUCAAACAAUGGCGAGUCCAUCUGCUGUGCUUUGUCCGGCUCCUCCUACUGCACCAGGACACAGGGGUUCCAGCAAGAUCUGGCACAGUCGGCUGGAGCGGGCUGA